ACAUAAACGUAUGCUGUCGGCAUGGUGACGACAACGCCGUUUUUGAUUACGUUGAAUAAAACAAAUUAAUUCAAUUUUUUUUUGAUAAACAAUCAAAAAAUACAUUGUGCUAUAUAGUUACUUCCGGUACCUCGUUUGGUUGUAUUUUUCUAAGUAGCGUCCGUUUCCGGUAGACGGUAUGAUGACGUCAGUUGUUCGACCAAUAGAAACAGGUCUGCCUUCUUUGAAGCAGUACGUGCCCGCCCCCUCUGAUGAUCGGGACAAUGACGCGGGCAUCACUUUAGGACGUGAACCGGACGGCGCGGCAACAAAUUACAUUUGCGUUUGUAUUGAACGCCCGCCAUUGUAUGUGAGACCUGCCACUGGUACGUGACGAAGACGCUCCGUGGCAGUGUCGGGAUGAUCGGUAGCGAGCCAGGAGAGGAGCAACACCGAGAGAGUAGUCAAUCAUUAGCGGGAGCCCAGAGAGGGAGAUGAAAGGUGCCAUGGCUUUGAUGAAAACAGCUUUACUUGUCUGUCUGCAAUAUGUGCUUCAGCCCGCCGCCUGCCGCGAAGUAACCGUUCCCAAGGGACCCCUGUACCGUGUGGCCGGCUUCUUCCUCUCCCUGCCCUGCAACGUCUCCGGCUACGAAGGCCCACGCACGCAAAACUUUGAGUGGUAUUUGACCAGGGACGACUCUGGCGACAGGCAGAUGGGAGUGGUGUCCACCGCAGACGAAAGCUUCCCCUACAGGCCUUUUCAAUCCCGGGUGGCAAAUGGAGAGGUGAGGGUGGACCGUGACUCGGGGGACAAGGUACGACUGGUGGUCCAGAAGCUCCGCACAGACGACCAGGGGGCGUAUGAGUGCACGACGCCCAACACCGACAGUAAAUACUUGGGUACCUACGGUGCAUCUGUCGUUGUUAAAGUAAUCCCAGACACGCUCCAGAUCAGCUAUACCCGUUCCCUCACCGGCCAGCCCGUACCGGAGGGUGCAGAAGUAACUCUGACCUGCUCGGCCAGCAUCCGCUCCGAGCAGCUCACCCACCUGUCUGUCACCUUUGGGAAGCGAGGUGGCCAAGUGGGCUCCGAUGGCGGUGGCGCAGAGGCGAGCACCAUGCAGGACAUCAUCUCCAUCGAUAAGCUUCUGGGCGUGGUGUCGGGAAGCGCCUACAGGAAGCGGUACGACGACGGCGAGCUCACGCUGGAGAAGCGCAACGGGGAGGGCGGCCAGGGCGUGUACGUGAUGAAGAUGAGAGCGCUGCAGCCAGACGACAGCGGUUCUUAUUACUGUGAGGCCGCACAGUGGAUCCGGGACCUGGACCGCACCUGGCAGAAGAUUGCACACAGGACGCUGGACAUUGGCAACCUGACUGUUCAACCACUCUCUCAGUCUAUGAGUGUGGAGUCAUCCCCCAGUGGCCAGGUGACCCUGCAAGUGGGCUCACCUGUGCUGCUGAGCUGCCAGAUCAACGGGCUGCCUUCUGACGGCAACUCUGGCAUGCUGGUUCAGUGGCUGAAGACCAGCAAUGCGGGUGUGGAGGUGGAGGUGUGCCGUAUGAGCCCAGAGGGUGUGGUCAGUUGGGGCGACGACCUGAGCCGAUCCAGCGGAGGUUCACUGGAGAAAGUGUCGGAGGGGAAAUAUUCCCUCAAGUUGUUCUCCGCCCGUCCCUCCGACUCGGGCGAGUACACGUGCGUGGUAAGUGUGUACGCAGGAAGAAGGAUUCCCGCUGUGUCUUCCGCCGCCACCAUCAGUCAGCGGUCAGAGGGCGUCACCGUCAAUCUGAAGAGCAAAGACGUUCUGGUUGCCGCCGUGGCUCAGCUGCCCCGAGGCCCGCUGCUCAAACGAGGCAGCACCGUCACCCUCAUUUGCAACGUCACCGUGACGACCACAGGCCCCGCCCAAGCUCAGGUGCGGUGGCUGCGACGGCCCAUCCUGGAGAUCAAGACGAGCGACGUCGGGCCGACGGAAGCCGCCGCCGCCGAAGUGAUCCCUGAAAUGGUGGCCGCCCUCAUGUAUGACGGCGUGGUCAGCAUCUACAAUGGCAGCAGCGAGGUCAGCGUGGACCGCUUGUCUGCUGGCCAAUACCGUCUGAGGAUCCACGCCGCCUCCGAUCAAGACCAGGGUCUGUACGCCUGCCACGCCGAGGCCUGGAGCCAAGACCCCCAUGGAGGAUGGUACAACACCGGCGCCGAGGCGGAGUCCAACACCGUCACCGUCUACUUGUAUUCUCGAGCUGGCGACCUGCUCCUCAUCCCUCUGGUGGCGGGUGCGGCCGCUGCCUUGUUAGUGGGCGUGGUCAUCUUCGCCACGGUUACGUGCUGCUUCAUGUCGCGCCUGGCCAAGCAGCGCGCUCACAAGUAGUUUGUUCGCCAAGACACUCGGCGAGCGGCGGACGGCGGAAUUUCGCGACGUGUCAAAUGUCAAAACCUUUUUCUUUUUUUUUUCUACGGGUUUUGUUUUUCUACAAAGAUGUAAAUGUUGUGUCCACUUAAUGAGCCACUUGUGUGACACUGCCUGCAGCUUCCUGCUAAAUACUGAGUACUGAAUACUUGAUGGAAAAGCACUGAGCUGAAGAUGUGAACAUGAACAUCUUCCAUCUUCUUCCUGUAAACACUUCCAUAGUGACAGCCUAUUUACUCAACUGCAGAGAGUAGCGGGCACGUCGUUGAAGCAAGGUGUGUGUUUGUAAAGUUGUCUGUUGGUUAGCAUUCUUACUCACGCUUUUACUGCCUCACGUUACCACUUUUUAUUUUCUUUCAUUCUGGCUUUUAAGGUGCGUACACCUGCGAAAAUUACUAAAAAAGUUAGCAUGCUAACAGUUAGCAUGUGUCACGUAACCAAGUUAUAUGACUCUUGACGUGCACGGCGGUAGGAUUGGCCCUAAAAGUUAGCAUUUUAAUGUUAGCAUGUGUCACGUACCAAGUUGUAUCACUCUUGAUGUGCACGGCGGUAAAAUUCGCCCUAAAAGUUAGCAUUCUAAUGUUAGCAUGGUUGCAUGCUAACAGUUAGCAUGUGUCACGUAGCAAAUUAUAUGGCUCUUGACAUGCACGGCGGUAAAAUUCGCCCUAAAAGUUAGCAUUCUAAUGUUAGCGGAGUUGCAUGCUAACAGUUAGCAUGUGUCACGUAGCAAAUGAUAUGGCUCUUGACGUGCACGGCGGUAAAAUUGGCCCUAAAAGUAAGCAUUCUAAUGUUCGCGUGGUUGAAUGGUAAUUUCCGGGAAUUUAAGGAACUGGGAAACAUAUUGGUUUAAAUGUACAUGAUGAGUGGUAUGUUGGACUGGUUCGCAUAAUCUGGCACUUUUUGGUAAUUUCCGGGAAUUUAAGGAACUGGGAAGCAUGGUUUAAACGUACAGGAUGAGUGGUAUGUUGGAACGGUUCGCAUAAUUUUUUGGUAAUUUCCGGGUAAUCCGGGAAUUUAAGGAACUGGGAAACAUGGUUUAAAUGUCCAGAAUGAGUGGUAUGUUGGAACGGUUCACAUAAUCUAGCAUGCUAACGUUAGCAUUCUAACGCAUUUUUUUGGUAAUUUUCGGGUAAUCCGGGAAUUUAAGGAACUGGGAAACAUGGUUUAAACGUCCAGGAUGAGUGGUAUGUUCGAACGGUUCGCAUAAUCUAGCAUUCUAACGCAUUUUUUGGUAAUUUUCGGGUAAUCCGGGAAUUUAAGGAACUGGGAAACAUAUUGCCUUAAAUGUCCGGAAUGAGUGGUAUGUUGGAACGGUUCGCAUAAUCUAGCAUGCUAAUGUUAGCAUGCUAACUUUUGAGCUAAUCAGAAUCAGAAAUACUUUAAUGUCACACCUUUUUAGUUAAUUUCGCAGCCGUACACCUUAGUCACAUAAUUUGAUAUUUAACGCAUGCUAACAUGAGCAUGCUAACCAUUUUUAGCUAAUGAGGCGCAGCUAAAUAAGCUUUAAAUUGGAGGAUACACAAUGUUUGGUUCUUUCCCAGAAGGAUGAUGAACCAAUCUGACGUUAGCAUUGUGGCAAGACUGUAAGACACAAGCAUUGUUGCAUUUAAAGAGAAGUAUUUUGGGAGUAAACUGCAUGAUUUUCUUUGUUGGUGUUUUUAAUUUAUUGAUAUUUUGUACCUGUGCUGCCAUCAAGUGACGGACAAACAAGUGAGUUUGUUGUGGAAUGUCACUUUUCUGUCCCUGCUCACCUGAUCCUGUCCUAAAUCCUGAUUAUUCAUGUUGCUAAUGAACAUUGGGGACUAAAAUGAAAGACUACCGCUUCACAUGGUGAGUCCACGUUGGCGUGAUGUACGUGCACGCCACAGCGCUGGCUGCUUUCCAUAUGCAAGUCAUCGUUAAUCCCCGUCAUCACCCAACCCCGUUCUCUCUGCAGCGUCACUGUCGUUCCCCAUCGUCCCCGAACGCAUCUUUAAAGACUCUAAUGGUGCCCUUGGAAAAUGUGUCGCUCCAUAACUGACUUUAAUAAAUUGUUGCAUUUCUGAUGCCACUGA